AUGGUUCAAGUUCCGCAGAGCAUGAGUUCGGCGACUCCCACACUCUGGAGAACAUGUGUCCAUCAUGUUAUUAGGAAACAAGCCCAAGGAUUCCCGGGCUCCACAGCAGUCCUGGCGUGGGAUGGAUCAUUCAGUUAUGCAGAGCUCGAAAAUCUCUCUUCCCAUCUUGCAGUUGUCUUAAUGCUCCUUGGAGCUCAGCCAGAAGCCAUUGUGCCAAUCUGUAUGGACAAAUCUCGUUGGACUACGGUUGCUAUUCUGGCAGUCAUGAAGAGCGGAGCCGCAUUUACUUUACUCGAUCCUUCAUAUCCUCCGUCAAGGCUUCAAACGAUCUGCCAAGAGAUCAAUUGCAAGUUUAUUCUGACGUGCCAGGGAAGGAGUGAGCAAUCCUCUCACUUGGCUCCUUCUCUUGUUGUCGAACACUUAGCCCAAGUCUGUCGACCUGCAUUUGGCCAACCUCGAGAGUUUCCUGGCCAACCUGAUAGUGCACUGUAUGUUGCUUUCACAUCGGGGUCAACUGGAAAGCCUAAGGGCGUUGUGAUCGAACAUCAAUCAUAUUGCUCGGGUGCGCAACAUCAUCUCAAAGCUUUUGGAAUCAGUCGAGAUUCACGAAUUCUUCAGUUUGCAUCGUACGCCUUCGAUGUUAGUCUCAUGGAGACUCUGAGCACACUGAUGGCGGGAGCCUGUUUAUGUGUAAUGAGCAGCGAUCAGAGGACAGACCCGGACCUUUUUCGUCAAGUUUUCGAGAGUUUCCAGAUCAGCCACGCUUUUUUGACUCCUUCCUUUGCGAGAACGAUAGCUUGGAAAGGUCACCGCCCUGGGACCAUCACACUUAUCUUGGGUGGAGAGACAAUGCGUCCAUCCGAUGUCGUCUUCUACAACAAGCUGGGAAUUUCAUUGAUGAAUGCGUAUGGACCAGCAGAGUGCUCCGUCAACUCCACAGUUCUAUCUGCUCUCCUGCCGGAAGGAAGACCCAAUAACAUUGGGUUUUGCACUGGUGCAGUUGCAUGGAUCGUCGAUCCGGAUGACCCUGAGCGGCGAAUGCCCCAUGGAAAAAUUGGAGAACUCCUCCUAGAAGGCCCUAUUGUCGGUAGGGGCUAUCUAAACAACCUGGAAGCAACCCGGGAGAGAAUUCGUGCAGGCACACCAGGCACCAUCAGAACCUACCUCACUGGUGACCUGGCGUCGAGGGAUACCAACUCCGGUGAAAUCCUGAUCCACGGUCGGAAAGACCAACAAGUCAAAAUUCGGGGUCAACGAGUCGAACUGGAGGAGAUCGAAAACCAUCUUUGUGAUUGUCUUGCUUCGAUUACCACGGAGGUUUUUGUCGAGAGAAUCUCGCCCCAGAGCAACGAGCAUCAGAGCAACGAGCAAGAUAAACUUAUUGCUUUUGCCGUGUUACCUGCGAACCAAAGCACCCGACUCUAUGAGAAUAUGUUUUACUCUCCGCAUUGCGCUGCGAUGGAACUUUUCCGCACAAGCCAACAACGACUCAAGGAACGUGUCCCCAACUACAUGGUACCGAAUACCUUCAUCCCGCUCGCCAUGGUUCCGAAAGUCCCGUCAGGAAAGAUUGAUCGAGGCCUUUUACGGGCCACUGCCAUGAGGAUGCCGAGAGAUAAGAUGCGAGAGUAUAACUUGGGAUCUAUUGACGGUCGAGCCACCAAGGAGCCCCCAACAACUCAAAAGCAGGUUUUGCUCAGACGUCUUUACUCUGAAAUAUUGGAUCUCCCACCUGAGCUAAUUGGGAUUCGUGACACUUUUCUGCAACUUGGUGGUGACUCCCUCCUUGCUAUCCGUCUUGUGGGCGCAGCCCGAAAGGCCGGCCUCUUAAUCUCGACGCAAGACAUUCUUUCUUCAAAAGUUACAGUAUCGGAGCAGGCUGAGCGUGCGAUAGAGUCCUUAUGCUCUGUGAACUCCGGUAUGCAUGCUACGCUUGCAUUGAUAACUACGGAUACUCGUGCCGAGGUCAUGCAGGCCAUGGAAACCCAAUACGGGGUUCGCCCUCAAGAAGUUGAAGACAUUUAUCCCUGCACUGCACUACAAGAAGGAAUGUUCGCAGCAUCUAUUAAGAACCCAGGCAUGUAUGCGGGAGAAAUUGCCUUGCAAGUUCAGGACGGCGUGGAUCCCGUCCGGUUGAAGUCUGCUUGGAAGGCCAUUACAACUGCCAACCCCAUUCUACGUACCCGAAUUGUUUCAACAACAAAGGGUUUCAUGCAAGUAGUUUUACUCCAAGAUUUUGUGUGGGAGGAGCCCAUGUGCGUGAAACAGAGUAAGGGCUAUGUUCAGGAAGGUCUUUCCAGCACAAAUGGAAGCCUUGUGAAGUUUCACUAUGGCCGUCCGAGUCGGGAGCUGAAGCUAACUAUUCAUCAUUCGAUCUGGGAUGGCUGGUCGCUCCAAGUUGUCCUGAGCCAAUUCGAGGAUGCAUAUCAAGGCAGAGGCCUGGCAAGAUCUUCCUUCUCACCUUUUGUAUAUCACACACAAUCCCUACAGAGCGUUGAGGAAUUCUGGGCCACUGAGUUCUUAGGAUUAAACGCUCCAGUCUUUCCAGCUCUACCAUCCAGCAACUAUCGACCCUCUCCAACAGAAGCACUCAACCAUGUGAUCCGAAGAUUGGAUACCACAGGCGGUACUGAGCACACAGUGGCAACGUACAUACAUCUAGCCUGGUCUCUACUGGUGGCUCACUAUACAGACUCUACGGACGUCCUUUAUGGGGUCACCUUGAGUGGGCGCUAUGCACCAGUGCCCGAUAUCGAAACAAUCGUUGGACCAACGAUCGCAACCGUUCCUCUACGUGUGAAGGUCAAACGCGAAGCGUCAUUUAAAUCAGCCCUUGAUGAGGUUCAGGAUGUUCUCACACGAAUUAUUCCCCACGAGCAAGCCGGCCUGCCACGCAUUUCCAGAUGUUCUGCGGAUGCUGCAAGGGCCUGUAAUUUUCAGAGUCAACUUAUCAUCGAGUCCUCUGGUGACAAAAGCAAAAGCAACUGUGAACUCCUAUCUGUUUCCAGUGGUUCUACGGCUAGCGGGAUGAGCUAUAUUCCCUUUACCGAUCGUGCACUCAUGAUCGUGUUCCACCCCAACCUCGGCAAAGGAACCAUACAAAUCGACGUGACUUUUGAUUCUAGUAUAAUUUCUUCAACCGAGGUCAGUCGAAUGAUGAGUCAAUAUGAAAACGUCCUCCGCCAAAUCUAUGAGACACCCUCCCAGACCCCUGGAGAUGUACAGAUGGCUAGCCCAAAUGAUCUCUGCCAACUUCAAAUUUGGAACCAGGAUAUGCCACGGGCAGAUCAUCGAUGUUUGCCGCAACUGGUUCUUGCCCAAUCUACCAAACAGCCUCAAGAGCUCGCAGUCUGCUCCUGGGAUGGCUCUUGGACAUAUGAUGAGCUUGUUUCGCGCUCACUGCUUGUCUCUCAUCAUUUGAACAAGUUGGGAGUCCAACCCGGUUGUUUCGUGUCAAUAUGCCUAGAGAGAAGCAAGUGGAGCAUUGCCGCUAUUAUUGCAGUCCAUUGGUGUGGUGGAACAUGUAUUUUACUCGAUCCUGACCACCCCAAGCGGCGGCUACGGCAGAUCACACAAUUCUCGGGCAGCUUUGUGAUGAUCAACAGCGAAGUUACCACGCACUCUUCGGGUGAGCUUUGCCCCAUCCAGGUAAGCUUGACCGCGCAGUUUCUCAACGACCUUGAGGAUAACGGCGUUCCAUCCAUCAAAUGUUCUCCAGAAGACCCAGCCUUCAUCAUGUUCACGUCCGGCAGCACUGGAGAGCCAAAAGGAAUAGUCAUGUCACACCGUGCAUUGAGCUCCAGCAUCUACCAUAACAGCGAUGCUAUGAAUUUUCAUUCAGGUACCCGGGCACUCCACUUUUCUUCCUACGCAUUUGAUGUCAGCAUCUAUGAAAUUUUUACCACACUGGCUGCAGGGGGAACUGUGUGUGUCCCUUCUGAAUUUGAGCGCAAGAAUUGUCUUGCGGAAGUCAUCGAGCGCAUGAAUGUCAACUGGGCCUUCUUGACACCGACCACUGUGCAAACAAUAUCUCCUUCUGACGUGCCAUCUUUGACCACUCUCGUGCUCGGAGGCGAGGCUGUUACACGCGACAAUGCGGAUACUUGGGCCAGUGGCCGGUCUCUAAUCAACGGAUAUGGCCCCGCCGAGGCAACAAUCUGUGGCGUCGGGCCCAUACCAGAAGGCCGCUGGAAACCCGGUGUUAUAGGCCUCAUCGUUGGUGGCUUGGGAUGGAUCACUGAGCCGAUGAACCCCGAGCGACUGGCUGCAGUUGGUGCGAUUGGGGAGCUCCUGUUGGAGGGGCCUUUCUUGGCCCACGGCUAUCUCAACCUACCAGAUGUUACCAAUAGAGCUUUCAUCAAAUCUCCUGCCUGGAGAUCUCAAAUUCGCUCAGACUCUCCGUCGGUUGUUUAUCGUACGGGGGACUUGGUAAAGUAUGAGCCAGAUGGCUCCAUUCAAUACAUGGGGCGCAAGGACACCCGUAUCAAGCUUCGAGGGCAGCUCAUAGACCUAGGCGAGGUUGAAACUGCAGUCUUGCGCAUUUUCCCCGACGCUGUCGAGGUAGUCGCUGAAGUGAUGAGAAUGACUGCGAGCACUACUGCUACCAUUCUCAUUGCCUGGAUCAAGCUAAGCACCAUGAAGCUGCCAGAAGACUUGAAAAACAGUGAUAAAUGUGUUGCACCUGCUGGUUCAAAAUUCAGAAAUACAUCCACCCUCGUUCAGACACGCCUUCGGGAACAGGUCCCAUCCUACCUGGUCCCAUCAAUGCUUCUUCCGGUAUGGCGGAUUCCACGGACUCUCACAGGCAAAUCCAAUCGGCGUUGUCUUCGGCAGGAGGUGCAAGCUUUGUCGCCAUCGGAAAUACAAAGCUUCAUGGUCGCACCGAACGAAAAGGAAGACGUGCAAAAUAAGUCCGAAGAACUGCUGCGGGAUAUUUGGGCAGAUCUUCUGGGUAUUACACCCGACCAAAUAGGACGUCACGAUGGCUUCCUUUUAGCCGGUGGUGAUUCUAUUACAGCCAUGAAGAUGAUGGCCGUUGCUCGACGCGCCGGGUUUGUCUUCACAGUCAUGGAUGUCUUGAACAGCUCUCCUUUGUCAAAACUCGCAGCCACUCAACUAGAGAUCACUCCACUCAAAGUACCCUCAGUGCUCGACUCGAACUCUGUCAUAUCAAAACAGAAGCAGGAAGUAGGUUUUUCUUCGGAUGCAAAUUCCACCGCCCCUUUUCCAGUCACAGACGCGCAAGAGUUCCUCAUCAAACGCUAUCCAUGGUCGCAUUUCCGGUUUUCCUUCAAUGGGAAUAUUGACCAGUAUCGUUUACGAUAUGCAUGUGACUUGCUUUUGCGCAAUCACAGUAUCCUCCGGACUGCCUUUGUGGAAGACAAUGGCCAUAUUAAGCAAUCAGUCCAGGAGAGCACAAAUAACGUCUCUCUUCGAACAAUUGUAACAGAUGAUACUCUGGAAACCUUUGCUGCGAAACUUUGUGAUGAUGAGCAACUUGCUCCUGUCGCUACAGUCGAUCACCCGACUCUGUUCACGUUAGUUUCUAAUGAAGGUCUCGACAAACAUCAAUUCAUCAUCCGACUGGCACACGCUCAAUAUGACGCGGUUUCUCUCCCAAGGGUGCUGCAGGAUUUUGAGACGAUCUUUAACGGAACUCGAACAGUCGCUGCCAGUGACUUCCGUCAGCAUCUUGCGCUCCUCUCUCAGCAAGAUUCUGGCAAAUCUUGCGAGUUUUGGAGAACAUAUCUGGCCAAUUCUGCAAUUACUCCAUUACCUUCAAGCGUCGUGUAUCCCUACUCAGGCCCCUUUCAUCGGGGGGAUCAUGUCACAGUCGCCGGAACUUGCAGCCUUCCCCUGCCAGCAGUCCCGUCUGAGGUGACGCUGGCCACGGUUGUAAAAGCUGCCUCAUGCCUUGUACUGGCACAUUUCUCUGGCAGAAAUGACAUCGUUCUAGGACAGACCGUUUGCGGGCGCAAUUUGGUGUUUGAUCGAUUCGAUCGUGUCGUUGGGCCAUGCACUAACUACAUUCCUUACCGCGUGGUUCUAAACCCAUCAAUGACGGCGUUUGAUUAUUUGGUCCAUGCCCAAGCACAGCACUCUCGAUGCUUGAACUACGAGUCAAUUAGCCUGUCCCGGAUCAUAAAGAAUUGUACCAAUUGGGCUCAGACGACCGAGUUCACAUGUAUUGUUCAACAUCAGGUUGCAGAUACUUACCUCGACCUCACCCUCGAUGGAAACAAGUCCACUUCAUUUUCUCUGUCAGGUCGGCUCAUUCCCUCAUCGGAAAUCUGGAUAUGUUCUACCGCUACAUUGUCUGGGUUGAAAAUCGAAGUUUUCGGAUCGAGUUCGAGCAUUGGACAGGAGAGUGCGGAGCUUCUAGCCUCUGAAAUUCCUACUGCGGUUCAUAAUUUGCUGACUGGUGUACACGAUCCGCUGUUUUCUGUUUACAGACGUAACAUGUGA